UAAGCUCCCCGAGGAUUCAAGUUCAUUGAGUUUCUGCAGACACUGGGCGGCCUUCAGUACUCCUGCUGUGACCAUCACCUGCGGACCCUACCUGCCUGCACCUGCAGCCCGCACUUGUAUCAGGCCCCAGCAAUGGCGGACCAGGCGCCCUUCGACACGGAUAUCAACACCCUGACCCGCUUCGUCAUGGAGGAGGGCAGGAAGGCUCGGGGCACCGGCGAGCUGACCCAGCUGCUGAACUCCCUCUGCACCGCAGUCAAAGCCAUCUCGUCUGCGGUGCGCAAGGCGGGCAUCGCACAGCUGUUUGGCAUUGCUGGCUCAACCAACGUGACAGGGGACCAGGUGAAGAAGCUGGAUGUCCUUUCCAAUGACCUGGUUAUCAAUAUGCUGAAGUCAUCCUUUUCUGCCUGUGUUCUUGUGUCUGAAGAAGAUAAACACGCCAUCAUAAUAGAGCCUGAGAAGAGGGGUAAAUAUGUUGUCUGUUUUGAUCCCCUCGACGGCUCAUCCAACAUUGACUGCCUUGUGUCAAUUGGAACCAUUUUUGGCAUUUACAGAAAGAAAUCUACUAAUGAGCCUUCUGAGAAGGAUGCUCUGCAGUCGGGCCGGGACCUGGUGGCAGCUGGCUAUGCACUCUAUGGCAGUGCCACCAUGCUGGUCCUUGCCAUGGAUUGUGGUGUCAACUGUUUCAUGCUGGACCCGGCCAUUGGAGAAUUCAUUAUGGUGGAUAAGGAUGUGAAGAUCAAGAAGAAAGGUAACAUCUACAGCAUUAAUGAGGGCUAUGCCAAGGACUUUGACCCUGCCAUCGCGGAGUAUGUCCAAAGGAAAAAGUUCCCUCCAGAUAAUUCAGCUCCCUAUGGUGCCCGAUAUGUGGGAUCCAUGGUGGCUGAUGUUCACCGAACUCUGGUGUAUGGAGGGAUCUUUUUAUAUCCUGCCAACAAGAAAAGCCCCAAUGGAAAGCUGAGGCUGCUGUAUGAGUGUAAUCCUAUGGCUUUUGUCAUGGAGAAGGCAGGAGGACUUGCUACCACAGGAAAGGAAGCUAUAUUAGACAUCAUUCCCACUGACAUCCACCAGAAGGCACCAGUCAUCAUGGGGUCUCCUGAAGAUGUACAGGAAUUCCUGGAGAUCUACAAGAAGCAUGCGGCCAAGUGAAGGCUGGCUUUGCUCUUGCCUCAAAGCAGAGCCUUUUAUCUGGACUUGCAACCUCAAGUGGCACUACCCCAUUCUGACUGUGUGUUGUAUAUUCCUAGACAACAGACCUAACAGUGUGGGUAGUUUCACAGUUCAAUGCUUUGCAAUGCCCAGGACUGCCUCACCCACAUGCCAUAAUGCCACUGUAACAGGUAAUAUGUAUUUUGAGGAGGAGAAAUAAACACAUUCUUCCUUUAUAUUUUUUGCACUUUGUGUCAACAGAAUAUUAGACAAAUCAUCUAAUCUCCACAACAGCUGCAUAAGUGUAAUGCUAUGUUGAGUUCAUUUUAUCUAUGAUGAAAUGGAGAACUGAGGGUUGAUGAAAUCUGGUAAAGGUCUCUAGCCAGUGGGUGGUAGGCAGGGCUGGGAGAUGAACCCAGGCAUCCUGGUCACUAAACUCAGUUAAUGUCACUUCUUAUAUGUGCAGUCCUGUUCAGUUUUGGCUGUCUCUGCCCUUCUAGAAAUUAAUGAAUAUCUGGCUUCUCAGCCUCCUGCAGGUAUCUAUAAUGACCCAAGAUAAAAUGACAGUUUAUGAUACUAUUCAAUGGUAUUUUUUAUGCAAGAAUGGCAUUGAACAACAAAGCUGUAUAAUUUCUAGGGAGGGUCUGGUUGUCAUAUUGCAAAUGAUUGACCAUAAGAGCUAAAUUUAUGGAAGUAAGCUGUGUGCCAAGCAGAUGCUUUUUGGGUCAAGGGGCUUUCCUGAGAGGACCUGCCACAGCUGGUCCUAUGCAGAUGGAGCGUAGUGAGAAAUACACCCGUUUGGCCCACAGUCUAUUCUGCACAUGCUUCAUCCCUUUCUGGAUCAGAAGAUCAAGAUCAUGGUAAGUUAUGUCAGGUGUUAGGAAUUCUGU